CUUUUAUUAUACUUAAAAUUAGGGAAAGGGGGUGGAGAUGCUUUAGAGACUUUUUUUUGGAUGGAUUAGAGUAGCACCCAAGCCCCUUUCUCUCCGUCCCGUAGCGUGUGAAGAGGGGCUGUUUGGGUCGUGUUGUUUCACUUUAUCCACGCCCUAAACCUGAGAGCCUCCGCGCGCGUGGUGCUCGUCAACGUCGAGAUUUCCCUGCCGGAGAUGGAUGUUCUUGUUGACUAAUUCUUGACACUGUGGUCUGGGCGAAGAUGGAGGAUCCUGAUCGUGAUAUGGAGAUGGAUGAUCCUGAUCCUGCUUCUCUUCAAGCAGCGAUGGAGGUUCCUAUCACAGCUUCUCUAGGGCCCAUGGGCCCUCUCCUCCGGAAACUCCAUUCCAUCGGUCCUGAAGAGUGUCCGCAAGAUGAGAUCCGUCCUCUCAUGGAGUUAUUCAUCUCCCUGAAGGAUCUGUCGGACGACGACGAUGCUAGCUUCACCAGCGGAUGGUGGAUGAAGAUUGUUCGGGAGCUUUGCUACGACAUGGAGGAUCACCUGGACGAGUUCGUUGGGGCCGGCACUGAUCUCGAUUUUUCAGAACUACUUGCUCGCGCAAAGGAUGCGAGUGAAAGACGCCAACGUUUCCAGUGGUUUCCUCUCAAAACCAUCAAGCAAGCGGACCGAGGGGGAUCCGGGGUCAACUGGCUCACCUCCGAAGCGAACGCCGAGCUGCCAGUUCCGAUCUAUGGCCGUAGCAAAGCUGGUGUUGUGGAGCUUCCAAACAGACUUGUCGAGCUGCUGGCUUUAGACGGCGACGACAAGCAGACACUCAAGGUGAUACCCAUAACUGGGUGUGCAGGUGCUGGAAAGACAACAGUAGCCAGAACCUUGUUCCACAAUCACGGUGGGAAAUUUCAGUGCCGCGCUUUCCUAAUUGUGUCUCGGAAUCCAGACAUGAGGGCAUUUUUCACCAACAUGAUCUCACAACUUAAGGCGCCAUUACCCCUUGGCUUUCCUGAUGUGCCGGACCUUAUUGAUGCUGUCAGUAAACAUCUGCAAGGCAAAAGGUACUUCAUCGUAGUUGAUGAUUUAUGGACUGCAUCAGUAUGGGAUAUUAUUAGCGGUGUUUUUCCGACUGGUGAUCGUUCUAGCAGAGUAAUUACAACCACACAAAUUGAUGAUGUAGCACAGGCAUGCUGUAGUUAUGAGCAAGAUUAUAUAUAUAAGAUGGAACCUCUUAAUGAUCAUGAGUCUAGAAAGUUAUUCGUCAGUACAGUGUUUGGCUCUGAAGAUGGUUGUCCAACAGAUAUUAAACCAGUUUUAUACGAGAUUAUCAGGAAAUGUGGCGGUUUACCAUUAGCAAUUGUAAAUAUGGCCAUUCUCUUCGCAGGUGAAUCAAACAACGUAAUGGAAAAAUGGAAGCACAUACAGGAUUCUUUGCCGUCCACUUCGGACAUGAUCUGCAAUAGUCUUCCACACCUUAUGUACAAUAGUCUCCCACCUCGUUUGAAGACAUGCUUGCUAUAUCUCAGCAUGUAUGCACAGGGCUGCGUGAUCAAGAAGGAUGAAUUGGUGAAGCAGUGGGUGGCUGAAGGUUUUCUCGGUCCUGUGGCUGGGAGAGACCCAGAAGAGAUUGCUGACGGCUAUUUUGAUGAGCUUGUCAGCAGAGGAAUGGUCCAAGCUGUGGACACCAAUAAUAACGGCAGGGUGUUGUCUUGUACUGUUCACCAGAUGGUACUGGACUUUAUUAGGCAGAAAUCCAUGGAGGAGAAUUUCAUUAUCACUGUGGACUAUUUUCAAUCAACUCUUGCACUUCCUGACAAAGUUCGCCGAUUAUCCGUCCAGUUUGGAGGGGUAAAAGGUGCAUGCAUGCCACAAAGUAUCGUAACAUCCCAAGUCAGAUCACUUAUGUUUUGGGGUUUCUUUAAAUGUGUACCUUACAUUAGGGAUUAUGGACUUCUUCGAGUUCUGAUUCUUCAUAUUUGGGCUGAUCGAGACAAGAAGAGUUUUGACCUCACCACAAUCGGGAAGCUAUUUCAACUAAAAUAUCUCAAGAUUGAGUGUAAUAUCACCAUCAAGCUUCCAGGCAAGAUUCGAAAGCUGCAAUACUUGGGUACACUGCAAGUAGAUGCAAGAUUAUCGGCUGUUCCAUCAGAUAUUGUUAAUCUGAAGAGAUUACUCCACCUCCGCAUUCCAAGCGAGUGUAUUCUUUCCCGUGUACUUGCCCAACUGACAUCUCUUUGCAGUCUGGGGUAUUUUGAUAUCGGCAGUCACUCAGAAGAAAAUGUAUUGCAUCUUGGACGGCUGACCAAUCUCCAGGAUCUUCAGCUCACAUGUUGUACGGUACAGCAAGCAGAAAAUCUGGAUAGAAAUGUGCAACUCCUUGGCUCAAUCCUAGAGAAACUCACCGCCUUGCAGUCCCUGACUCUGGUACCAGCUGCUUCAGGCUCCUUUUGUGUAAAUAUCCCUGAGGAUGGCUUCAACAUGGCGUGUCCUCCUCCGGAUCUGCUUCUUCAGAGGAUGGAGCUGUCACGGCGCUGCUGCAUCUUCUCCAGCCUACCUGAGUGGUUUGGAGAGCUCAGAAGACUCUGCGUUCUAAAGAUUGGAAUUAGGGGACUGUCGAUGAAUGAUACUGACAUGCUGAAAGGACUCCCUGCCCUCGCUGCCCUUACCUUAUAUAUACAGACAGCUCCUGCUGAAAGGAUCUUCAUCGAUAAGGGAGGAUUCCAGGUACUCACCUACUUCAAGCUCAUGGGUGCUGCGCCAUGCCUGUCCUUUGUGCCAGGAGCAAUGGCCAAAGUCCAAAAGCUUACGAUGGGCUUCAAUUCAAACCAAUGGAGACCAUAUACCUUUGAAACUGUUGGCUUCAGUCACUUGACAGGCCUUAAAGAGGUGACUGUAAAAUUAGGAGUUCGGGAUGAUGAAGAAUUUGACAUAAAAGCUGCAGAGUCUGCGUUGGAGGCUGCCAUUAAGUAUCACCCCAAUACUCCUAUACUCAGAGUACUAUUCGUAGAUGUGAUCUUCUAUGGUGGGAAGGAGAAUAAGAGUACACAGGCUCAAGGCAAGAGCAAAAUCACGGGACGUUCGGAGGAAAAUCGGCCGGAGAUUAACGUAGCCGACGGCGAGUUCGGCGCCUUCCAGCGCCUCGCCGCUGACUUGCUCCUUCACCUGCUCCCAUCCUCCGAAGCCACCGCCGCGCCGACGAGGGACCUCUCCAUCGCCUGGACGUGCCGCCUGAUCGACACCUUCCUCAUCUGCCUCGAGGAGUUCCGCUACAUGCUCCUCGGAUUUCCCCUCGGGCGGCCCCCGUACGACCUCCUCGUUGCCGACUUCCUUUACCGCGCCAUCAUGGCGCUUGAUCUCUGCAACGCGCUGCGCGAGGGCGUGGACCUGCUCCGCCAGUGGCGCAAGCACCUCGCCAUUGCCGCUGCAGCGCUCGCUUCCACGCCGGGCGCCCCGCUUGGGGAGGGCCAGAUCCGCCGCGCCCGCAAGGCGCUCACCGACCUCACCAUCCGUAUGAUCCAAGACAAGGACGCCAACGGCGGACAGCGAAGUCACUCCUUCGGCCGGGCCAGCAACGAUAAGGACGGCGGGAGGCAGCAGAAGGGCCACCACCGCAGAAGCAGCGGCUCUCGCUUCAGCUCCCUCUCGUGGAGCGUGUCCCGGUCCUGGUCCGCCUCGCGCCAGCUACGGGCCAUCGGGGGCAACCUGCCGGUACCCUCCGCGCAGGAUGCCACGGGCGGCCUCGCCUCCGCCAUGAGCACCAUUGGUGUCGUGCUCUUCUUCACAACCUGCUUGCUCGUCGCUGCCAUCCCCUGCCAGGACCGCGGUGUCCAGGCGCACUCCGAGGAGUUCAAGAAGAAGGAACGGAAGCACUCACGCGGGCUGCUCAAGGAGAUACAACAGAUGGAGCGAUGGUCCCAGCAGCUCAUGGAGAUCACGGACGUCCCGCAGUUUCCCCUGAGCGAGGAGAAGGAUGCCGAGGUGCGGGGGGCCGCACAGGAGCUCGUGCAGGUGUGUCAGACGCUCAAGGGCGGUCUUGACUCGCUGGAGCGACAGGUGCGCGAGAUGUUCCACCAGAUCGUGCACACCACGAUAGAAAUCUACAACUGCUUGAGUAUGCCCAACUGUUCAGCUAAGAAGUUUCCUCGGGCCAAACAUCGUUACAUGUUCAUCUAAGCGACAGCCCUCGCCAACGUCGCUCAGUUGUGCUGGAUCCGACGGCCACUGACCGAACUUCCUCGACCACCGCGGCAUGCCGCUGUACUUUUCCGCGACAAUGUGACUGCCAUCUACCUCUCCAGCAAUCCAGUUAAGCAUCAGCGCACUACAUACGUCGAGAUUGAUCUUCACUUUUCCAGAAGCGUGUCGGCACUGGCGAUGUCAAAGUCCAGCAUGUGUUACUGACGAUCGUCUUCAAUGCAUGAAAGCUACACUUCUUUCAUUGCGCUGGCACUGGUGAUACUGAGAUGAUACCCGCACUUUGCAGGAGGAAUUGGAUGCAUUAAUUUCUACGACAUUUGGCGGUAUAUAUGGAACUUUUAGUAUUCUGAUUAGCAAUAUGAGAAUCGUGUUUAAUACACUACUUGUAAGAUAAAAUUCUGCGAUGGUCUAUUGGUGUUCUUUCUUUCCUCGGUUCAGCAUUUCUAAGGUCCUCAGUUCCCUGCUUGAUUGAAAGCUAGCUAGCUCAUGAUGAACUAGUAUCUAUUUUCACUUUCCUUCCAAAUAAGUAGCUUAGUAUUUACUACUCUCGCUUGUUUAUGAUGAGUAUUUCACUUCUUUAUGAUGUACUGCUGGCUUGUUUGCCCGGCACACUGCUGCCCUCAUGGCUGCUUUGAGACUCU